AUGGCAAUCCUUGUCAUUCAAGGGGCCAUGGAUGUAACAAAAAUGCUUGUGCAGUAUAGAUACCAUAUCGCCAUAGCAAUAGCAUUUUCGCUGUCCUUUUCCUUGAUGUUAUAUGCAGCACCACGAAUCAUGACCAUUCUGGCGUAUUUUUGGCCUUUGUUUGCUUCCACUACAGUCUUCUUGGUUGCAAUAAUAGCUUUUGGAGGGUUUUCUAAAUUCUCAACUGAAGAUCAUGGACAUGGUGAAAAAGCUGGUAAAGGACUCUUGGAUUAUGUAACAGACGUGCCAGAACUUACGGAGGAGGCUCGAAACUUCUAA